AUGGCGUCCUCUCAGGCGGCCCAUCUAUAUGGGGCCGGCCAAUUCAUGAAUCCAGGGCCCGCACCUCGUCCUCCUACUGAUCGUCCUCGCCUGAACCUGAUGCCUUCCACAGUCGGAAUUCCUGGGAACAUGUCUCAGUUGAGUCUGCAUUCGCAAUCGUCGGCGGGACGUUCCAUGAGCGAUCUCGCUCAUACAUCUUCUUUUUCCCGCUCUACAACCUCCAUGAACAGCGAAGGAAUCGGUGGUGUGGCUAUACUGAAGGAAGGGCCUGCUCGUUGCAAAGAGGGCUUGUUAUGGAAGCAGAGAUAUCUCGUUCUGCGCGCGUUUCAGCUCGACUUCCAGAAAGGUCAGGAUGGCAAGGUCAGCACAAGCAUCCAGCUGAAAGAUGUUACCAAUGUUUCUCGCAGCGAAAAUACUCGUUUGUCUUUCGAGAUCACAAGAGUCGCCAAUGCUGGCAUACAUCCAGGCGCAAGCCCUGUGGCUAUUCGUGAGCUUCCCCAGAAGACGAUCGUUUGCCAGCUCGAGACAGACGAUGAGAUCUAUGAAUGGAUCGACGCCAUUUACAAUCGUUGCCCCGGUAUGGGCGGUGUUAGCAACCCAACUAACUUCUCACACCGCGUCCAUGUUGGCUUUGACCCUGUCAACGGUUCAUUUGUGGGGCUACCAACAGAAUGGGAACGUUUACUUACCGCUUCGGCCAUUACCAAGGAAGAUUACAAAAAGCACCCUCAAGCAGUCAUCGAGGUUCUCGAGUUCUACUCCGAUAUCACCAAGCGCCAGGAGAAUCCCGAGGCUUAUCCUAGCCUGAUGCCCACGCCACCUGUUACCUCGAAACAGAAUAUGCAGCUUGGCCAUGGGGGAGGAGGCACUGCAAUCGCACCACCAAGACCGCCGCCGCCAAGCGGAUCAAAUCCAAUGGGAGCGUAUGGGCAACUGCAGCGUUCACCUCAAGAAAACUCGCCAGCUUCACGAACAGGUACUCCCAAUUCUCAGCGCAAUUUCGCGGGCAACGAGCGAGCAAUUGAACAGAACAACAAGAUUGGUAUGGACCAGGAAAUGCGUCGCGCUAUGGAGGAAGAAGCUCGCAAGAUCAAGGCAGCCAAAGAGCAGCGCGAGCGCGAGCAGCGCGCAAAGGCUGAGGCCGAGCAGAACCGUCGUGAUCAAGAAGCCUACAAUUCAGCAAUUCCCAAGACACGUACUCCCAUGGCGAAGCAAGAGAUUGGCGGAUACGGUGGUGGAGCAAGUGAUCCUCCUGAUAGUCGAUACAAUCCUACUAGAAGUCCCCCUUCCGCGCCAGGUGCCGAUCGGGCUCGCCAGCAACCACAAGGCUCGUUGAGAGGACCUACUGCUCAGCGUCAAGCUCCCCAGGCACCGAAUAGCGUCAAUGGGAAUCCCCAACCAGCACCCCGAGCUCCCUUUGCCCAAAAGCCACCUUCGUCACAUUCCCAAUCUCCUCCCAAUCAGCAUCCCUCCCUCCGCACGCCAGGCAAGCCAGAACAGCAACGCCAACCAUCACCCGCUGCACGCCCUCAGAUGAAUGGCAAUGACCCUGCUCAGCCUCCAGCAGGCCACGUACGCACAAACGGCGCCCAACCUAAUGGCACCCCCCGAGCACAACCGCCAACUCGUCUUCCUGGAGCAGUUCAACCUGUAGCGCCUCUCAAUGUCAAGCAGCUUAUGGGAGCACCAGCUCCAGAUGCAUCAGAACCCCACAAACAAGCCGAGAUGGCGCUGACUGGUAAACCUCCGGCGGCUGCUCACAAAAAGGAGGUGCGCAUGUCGAGCAUGACCGAAAGCCAGGUCAUGGAGAAGUUGAAGCAGGUGGUGUCGAAGGACGACCCUCAGCUCUCGUAUAGCAAGCAGAAGAAAAUCGGUCAAGGUGCUUCUGGAUCGGUCUAUGUUGCUAAGAUUCAAGAAAAUGCCAUCUCACCUGUUGCUAAGCGUCUGUACAAGACCAUGGGAGGCAAGUCUCAGGUUGCCAUCAAGCAGAUGGAUCUUCGCAACCAGCCACGGAAAGAGUUGAUUGUUAAUGAAAUCAUCGUCAUGAAGGAGAGCUCACAUCCCAAUAUUGUCAACUUCUUAGAUUCGUUCCUGCAAGAGGGCAACAACGAGCUGUGGGUUGUGAUGGAGUUCAUGGAGGGUGGAGCGUUGACCGAUGUCAUCGAUAACAACCCUCAUAUCACAGAGGCACAGAUCUCCACUAUAUGCAACGAGACUUGCAAAGGUCUUGCCCAUCUCCACAGCCAAAACAUCAUUCAUCGCGACAUCAAGUCUGACAACGUUCUUCUCGACGCCCGCGGGAAUGUCAAGAUCACCGAUUUUGGUUUCUGCGCCAAGCUCACCGACCAAAAAUCCAAGCGCGCUACUAUGGUUGGCACACCGUACUGGAUGGCCCCCGAAGUGGUCAAGCAACGGGAGUACGACAGCAAAGUCGACAUGUGGUCCCUAGGCAUUAUGGCCAUCGAGAUGAUCGAGUCAGAACCACCUUACCUCAAUGAAGAGCCGCUCAAAGCCCUUUUUCUGAUCGCCACCAAUGGCACGCCUACUCUCAAAAACCCCGACAAGCUCAGCCGUGAGCUCAAGGUUUUCUUGAGCCAAUGCUUGACUGUCGAGGUCAAGAAUCGCGCUACUGCUCAAGAGAUCUUGGCCGGUGAUUUCCUCAAACGCGGAGGAUGCAGCUUGGCUAGCUUGGUUGACAUGCUGAAGUUCCGCACUGCUUCUAAACACUGA